UGGGUCGUUCGCCGGUUGAACUGUGAGAUUAUCGGCGAGGCUAGUGAAAAAAGGGACCAAAAGAAAUUGAAUUUAGAUAAGUGGAUUAUAAGCCAUAAUUUGAAUUCAUUUUGCUAACGGAAAAACGUGUCACAGUGUGAUGGAGAAGAAAAGUUCAUCGCCAAAUGAAUGGCUUUCGAUGGUGGAUGGCAUUUUCAACACGAUCAACCACACGAUGAUCGGUGUGGUGUGCAUCUACACAAGCUGGUUGUGCUGGAUAAAUGGCUUCGAUAAGCUCUACACGUGGCACGUGUUCCUCACCCUCAUCGGGUAUCACCUCCUGAUGGCUGAAGGGAUCGUGCUGUUCUAUAGUGGCAACGGGUGGACCCAGAAGCUUUCCCAUACGCACAAGCGCACCGUGCACUGGUUGGUGGAGGUCGUCGGAUGCACGUGCUGUGUCGUCGGCAUCGCGCUGGAGAUCUACUUCCGUGAAUCGACGAACCGGCGGCAUUUUAGUUCGACACACAGCAUCGUUGGUUUGAUUUCACUCGUGUUUCUCGCGCUGACACUCGUCAAUGGACUGAUGGCACUGUUUGCCGUCGAGCUGCGUAGGCGUAUCAAGCCGCUCUACUCCAAGCUGAGCCACUACCUCACCGGAACCGUGUGCUUCGUGCUGGGUAUGGUGGCGAUCGUGUUGGCGUAUGAGAAGCGAAUCUACAAGCAGAAUACGAUCGCGGAGGGAGUGACGAUGAUGACCGUCUUCACGAUCGCUGUCACGGUGUUCAGCAUGGUUGGGGUCGUGAAGACGGUUUACAAUCUGUUGAAGACGCUCGCAAAGUGAAGGGACAAAACGGAAACAACACAAAGCUGCCGGGUAAACAUGUGGUCAUACUACGAUAGUAAAGGAAGAAAGCACACAUUUUACCUGAUGCCGCAAUCAAGCACAUACUUUAUGUACUUUCCUAAACAAUCUUCUACAGUCUUAAACGUUGUGUUGUGCUUUUUGCAUAGCCAAAGUUGAGAGAUAAAUAGUUCGCUUUGGAAUGCUAGUGGGUGGAAACAUGCAACAAAAUGAAAUAAACGAUU